AUGGAAACAGAAAGUCGCUCUCAAAAGCGGCCUAUGGGAGAAGCUGAGAAGAUGGGUUCCGCUGGUUCCGAGGAUGAUGACUACGUUCCAUAUGUCCCUGUCAAAAUUCGAAAACAACAAAUGCUCCAAAAAAUGCAGAGAAUUCGAGGGAAAGCUGUGGACGAUGACCUUAAAGAAAGUGGAGAAGAACAAAAGGAUGAAGAAGAAGGUCUUGGUCCACGGUCAAAUGUUAGUCUUCUGGACCAGCACCAAGUCCUUAAGGAGAAGGCUGAAGCUCGUAAGGAGUCUGCCAAAGAGAAACAACUCAAAGAAGAAGAAAAGAUUCUUGAAAGCGUUGCAGAGGGCCGAGCUUUGAUGUCCGUGAAAGAAAUGGCAAAAGGCAUUAUAUACGACGACCCUAUUAAAACUAGUUGGAAGGGACCCCGUUACAUCCUGAACAUGCCAGACACAAGACAUGAGCGAGUUAGAAAAAAGUUUCACAUUCUUGUUGACGGCGAUGGGAUUCCACCUCCAAUCAAGAGCUUCAGGGAGAUGAAAUUUCCACCAGCUGUUCUUAAAGGCUUGAAAAAGAAAGGAAUUAUACAUCCAACACCUAUCCAAAUACAAGGAAUUCCUACUGUUCUUUCUGGUCGGGACAUGAUUGGCAUUGCUUUUACUGGUUCGGGUAAGACUUUGGUCUUCACUCUGCCGAUCAUCAUGUUUUCCCUGGAGCAGGAGAAACGGCUACCUUUCUUCAAGCGCGAAGGACCGUAUGGGCUCAUCAUCUGUCCAUCCAGAGAGUUGGCAAGGCAAACCCAUAGCAUUAUUGAAUAUUACUGCAAGCUGUUGGAAGAGGAAGGAGCUCCAUCAAUGCGCACUGCCCUCUGCAUUGGGGGCAUGUCUGUGAAGGAACAGAUGGAAGUAAUAAAACAUGGUGUUCAUAUGAUGGUGGCAACUCCUGGCAGACUCAUGGAUUUACUGCAGAAGAAGAUGGUGAGCUUGGAUAUAUGUCGUUAUUUGGCUCUAGAUGAGGCUGAUAGGAUGAUCGACAUGGGCUUUGAGGAGGACAUUCGAACAAUCUUCUCUUAUUUCAAGGGACAAAGACAAACCCUCCUAUUUAGUGCAACUAUGCCAAAGAAGAUCCAAAACUUUGCCAAGAGUGCACUUGUCAAGCCAAUAACUAUUAAUGUGGGCCGAGCAGGUGCUGCCAGCUUGGAUGUCAUUCAGGAAGUGGAAUAUGUCAAAGAAGAGGCCAAGAUGGUGUAUUUACUGGAGUGUCUACAGAAAACGCCACCACCAGUUUUGAUAUUUGCUGAAAAGAAGGCUGAUGUUGAUGCAAUUCAUGAGUAUCUUUUACUGAAAGGUGUAGAAGCAGUUGCAAUUCAUGGAGGCAAAGAUCAGGAGGAGAGAACCAAAGCCAUAGAAGCAUUUAAAGAAGGAAAAAAAGAUGUGUUGGUAGCGACCGAUGUUGCCUCAAAGGGGUUGGAUUUCCCUGCAAUACAACAUGUAGUGAACUAUGACAUGCCUGAGGAGAUUGAAAACUAUGUCCAUAGAAUUGGAAGAACAGGGCGAUCCGGAAAAACAGGCGUUGCUACAACUUUUAUCAAUAAAGGUUGCGACGAGUCCGUGCUGAUGGACCUGAAAGCUAUUCUGGUCGAAGCCAAACAAAAGGUUCCUCCGGUGCUCCAGGUGUUGCAGACGGGCGACGAGACAAUGCUGGACAUUGGAGGAGAGAGGGGCUGUACAUUCUGCGGUGGUCUGGGGCAUCGUAUCACAGACUGUCCCAAACUGGAGGCCAUGCAGACCAAGCAAGUCACCAACAUCGGUCGCAAGGAUUACUUGGCCCACAGCUCAAUGGACUUUUAA